GGGCCACUACGCAGCCAGACUGCGGACCGUCAGGGUUCAGGUCCGAGUUUUCGCGUCGAGCUCUAAUCGCGCAACGUGCACGACCACGCUGCCCGAGCAAGAACACGAAGAAGAGUGAAUCGACCGCCUUCUCCGAGACACUGAACCCGCGUGGGAUCGGGAUCGUCGUCCGCAGUGCCGAUUGCGGAAGAAUCUUACUUGAGAUCGGAAAGCUCGAGCUGAUCGCCAGAAGAGGAAUCAGACGGGAUCGAAUGAUCGACGCCUCCUUCGCAAGGAUCAUUCACAACGUGUUGGUGAAAAGCUAUAGUGUUUGUGGGCCAGAGAGUGAUAAGGGAGUUUAAACUUGCAGCUGCGUGCGCCGAUUUGUCCGGCCUAUCAGCACGUGGCCGCAGGGGUGGGACUUCUUUCGAUGCGCCUCGCGGGACAGCUAUAAGCGCGGUAAACUCUGUGACAGUUGGCCAGUGAAACGUGCGAUCGGAUAAUUGUCGGUCGGAGAAGUUGACUCUGUUGACAGUUGCGUCGCUCCGAGAGCAGCUAUUUUAAAAUUACGGUGGCCGUGACGAUCGCUCCGAUCUGCUUCGCGUUUGCCGAAUGUGAAUUAGGAGUAAAUGCAUGGAAACGUUGAGUCGCGACAAGUGCGUAGGACAGAUGAAACGAAAUUAAUCAAACGGCGACUGAAGGACUCGACGAUAUUAGCGUGAGUGUCAGGACCGAUCUACCGGCCUCGACAAAAAAAACGCAAGUCCUCGGAUAGGAUACAUGCCGUUAAACAGAAGAAAGCGAUGAAACGAGUACUAUGGCUCUAAUAAGCUUCUAAUUAUCGCGACAGGUGCGCUGAUAAUUACGACGCGCGCGUGAUCAUCACGUGGACACGUCAGUGUUUUUCAACAUAAAAUUACACGUUACGGACAAUAACUACGAAGUGCAUGGUUUGACGCGCGUAAAUAGAAUAAUUAAAAGUACAUUACACAGGAAAGCGUGUUAUCUGCCGGUUAUCUGUCCGGUGACGUAGAGCAUCCCGUGUUAGGGAUCGAACUUGGUGAAAUAUCGUUUCGUCAAAAAAAAAAAACACUCUUGUCAUCUAGAAAACAGUUCGAAAGUCGAAAGUUUUCAAAACAUUCGGUCGCCUUUCGAGUUUCUUUCAAUUACGAAUAUCGCCUUAGGCGAUAUACGAGAAACGAAGAGGUGGGAUCAAUCGAGUAGUGUUUUAUGAAGCAGCGGGCAAUUAACUGUUUGCUUCUUGAUCGCUCCUAAUUACUCGCAAUUACCCGUUGUAAUUAAGUAGGCUGAUGUCACCGGCGGCCGAUGUAUCAGUGAAUCGUCCGUUUCUCGACGUCGAUCCGCUACUCCUCCCAGAACGACCUGUUAAUAUUCGCCGUAGGAAAAUUACCGGAAGAUCGUGAAACUCGCGAGCGAGGUGAGGUGGCGGCAGAAGGAGGAUCUCUCGAAGGGAAUUAAGACGGAUCAGCCGGGUAUAAACGCGGCAUCGGCGAAGGAACGAGGGCAAGACAAACGGCUUGAUCGGCGAACGGAGAUCGGUACGACCGCGACGGAAUUGCACCGUGGCGGAGAUAAAUAACAACCGCUAAAUAAAUCCGCGUCAGGACGACGUCCCAAAUACAUCAGUCACAGAUCGCCUCAGAUUACGAGUCCCCGGGAUGCAAGGCUGACAUGGCGGAGGGUUCGGCCGAGGAGGAACAGAGCAGUACUGCUGCGCCCGCUUCCCCGCCAGCUGAUCUUCGCACUCUGAACACCCAAUUGUCGCCGCCUUAUCACCACCAGCCCCAUCUCCAGCCUCGUCUUCAGCAUCUGCAGCAUUCCAACAUGCUGGCGACCGCCGUACCGCCCCGGCACAGCCACAGUAUGCUGUCUCAUCAGGUGAAAGCGGAGGCAGAGCUGGACGCCCCCUGCGAUGUGCCAUUGAAUCUCAAGAGCGAGGACAGCGACAGGAGUAGCGCUGGGAGUCCCGAACCGGCGACAGGUGGUGGCGCGCUCCACGAACACCAAAUGAUGAUAGAUGACAUAAAGAAUUCACGGAAGAGACGACGGAGUCCGUCACCCGAGAAUCUCCAUCAAGCAAAACGCGCGGCGGUCGCGCAAGCUCACCUAAACGGGACAAUGGCCGGCAUGGUGACACUUCAGAAUCUUCAGAAUUUAGCGAAUUUGCAAAAUCUUCCACAAGUCGCGUCACUGGCCGCCGGUCUUCAGGGAAUGACAGCGGGAUUAACUAAUAAUCAACUGAUCAAUACUCCGUUGAAUUUAACCGUCAGCUCGUCAGGCGGAACGGUAUCAACAGCCUCGAGUACGACGGCGGCUUCCCACCUUUUGCCACCUAGCUCAGCCCCAAUGGCAACGUUACCUCAGCUAUUAUCUCAACCGCAACCGGUCGCGAUGCCUCAAUUCAUCCUAACGUCCGGUCAAUUGGUUCAGGGCAUUCAAGGGGCUCAGCUUCUUAUCCCCACUUCGCAAGGGAUCGCUACCCAAACAAUCUUGACUAUACCAGUCAGUCACGUCACGAACAAUCAAAUGGUGAAUUUGGCGCUUAGCAACGGACAGGUAGUUUCUACGACACUGGCGAAUCUCCAAUCUUUAGCUCAACCGCAGAAUAUGCUUAAUACGCCUACAAGCAAUGUUCCCACGAGCCCCAGCCUGGCAUCGGGAUUAGGACUGAACCCUGCCGCUUUACCGCAUCUUCUGAGCAAUAGCUCGGCGAGCCAACAACUUCUGAAUGCGAUGCAGCCUCAGCAACUGCUUCAGGCUGCCCAAGCGGCACAAGCGCAAGCGGCGCAGCAGGCUGUACAGGCCGUUCAGGCUUCUCAGCAACCACUUUUAACGACAUCGCCUCAACAGCACAGCCACCGACACACCUCGCAUAUGAAUCAUUACACACCGACGGAAAAACAUCACAGGGAGAGACCGGAGCAGUCGUCGCCGUUGAACGAAUCCGUGGUGUCCGCCGCAUCCGCUUUGAACAGAUUGGCCGCCAGCAACGGCGAGAUUACCAUCACGACGACGCACGGACCUGGCGGUGUCGGAGUAAAGGCUUCACCGAGCAGUAUGCACAGUCCGAAGGAGGAGGAGGAUGAUCUCUUGAAUGAUUCUCCGAAUCAGCCAACGAUCAACGAGGCCACUAACAACGUAGUCGAUGGAAUCAAUUUGGAUGAGAUCAAGGAGUUCGCCAAGGUCUUUAAGCUGCGCAGACUGUCUCUGGGUCUGACACAGACCCAAGUUGGUCAGGCUCUGAGUGUCACUGAGGGCCCCGCAUACAGCCAAAGUGCCAUAUGCAGUGCCCUGGCUACCCAGAUGUACGCUGCCUCGCAGAUUGCCUCUCAGCAGCAAGCUACAUUCGAAAAGCUGGACAUUACACCGAAAAGCGCGCAGAAAAUUAAGCCCGUUCUCGAGAGGUGGAUGAAGGAGGCAGAAGAGAGUGCAUCUGAUUCCAGGUACAAGAGCGGCGUUAAUCAUCUGACGGACUUCAUCGGGGUCGAACCGAGCAAGAAGCGGAAACGGCGGACUUCCUUUACGCCCCAGGCAUUGGAACUGCUGAACGCACAUUUUGACAGGAACACUCAUCCUACUGGUAACGAAAUCACAACUUUAGCGCAUCGAUUAGGAUACGAUAGGGAAGUGAUAAGAAUCUGGUUCUGCAAUAAGAGACAAGCUCUGAAGAAUACGGUGCGGAUGAUGUCGAAGGGCGUUGUAUAGGGAAGGACUACGUCUACCGAGCAAUCGGGCAACAUGUGAGAAAAGCUUCAAACUACGGACGACGAAGAGCACGUUUCGUGAAAUUUUCCAAUCUCGCGUUUUCCUCUAGCGUAAAUAAAACAGUUCUGAUGCGAGAACAAGUUUUCGUGGUUUGUUACGGAAUAAGUAAGGAAAAAAAAAGCGUUUACUCGAUAGAAAGCCACAUUUAUCAAAUUCGCUCCGGCACGGAAAGAUCGUUCUAGAUCGAAGCGAAGUCCUUCGAAUAUUGUGAUCGCAGGUGUAUACGACAUCUAUAUAUGUAAAUAGCUUUAAUCUACGAAUAUGUGAUGUAUACAUGAGUCGAAUAUCGAAAAUUGAUAAUCUGAAAUCGUUGUCUCUCAUUUGGUACCAAUCCGUCGCGCGCUUCCAAUUUUCAUAGAUAUAUAUCCAUCGGAAAACACUGACUAACUGAUCCAGUUUCGAGUUUCGAACGAAUGGGCUAUCGGCAAUUGGUAAGCAUUAACGAACCGAUGGACGUAAAUGCCUCGACGAUCAAAAUUACGCGAGUAUCAGUUUGUCAGCAAGCAACUACAGAAAAAUCGCUUCUAGGCUUCUCUAAUUAAUUACACAGUUGCUUGAUUGCAACACUUGUCGGGGCACGUACGUUUUUCGGUCUAUCAAAACCAGGCAGAAAGAUAUGUAAAUCGUCGCACGAAUAAUUAAAAAUUUAGCUACCUUUAAAACGGUUACUUACAAGGAUGCUAGCACGUAAGUGGCGAAACGUUUAAACAGCUACGUACAAUUGAUUCCUAAUUAACUGGCGGAACAAUCGAAAAUGCACUUAAAAUGGAAAGGAUGGCAAUCUUCCGCGCGCAGUAAAAACUGCGACUAUGUCCGAUCGGGGGGGGGGAAGGUAUCCUGAAAUAUCAUUGUCGCUCGUUGAGUUGCGCAAAUAAAAAUAUCGCUUAGAUAACAAAUACAAAAUAAAAUCAUCGUCUCUAUUGAUUAUAAUAUCAUCCCUUGCAUACGUAUACACUGUUAUAACGAGCACGAUAAUAUUUCUAUUAUAGUUUCGGUAAUAAAUCGGUCGACAGUUUUUGGUGAGCGCGAGAUGUGUAAAAAUUACAAGUGUAUCUAGAAAUCAAUGAAAUUCCUUUAGCGACUAAAUAAUGCAAUAACGUCUCUGAAAGUAUGCUAUAAACGAUUAUAUACCACAUGCCGCUCCUGAAGUUAUAUUUAAUCCUGUAGGAAAAGAAAGAAAGAGAGAGAGAGAGAGAGAAAAGGAGAGAGAGAGAGAGAGAGAGAGAGAGAAAAAGAGAGAAAAAGACACAGUUAGAGACAGACAAGAUUCGAGUUUCUGCAAAACUAGUCCGUGAUAAUCUGCCAUGUAAGACGUAUACGUGUUAUAAACGAGCACGCAUCCUCCGUUCCUAUACAUAUAUGCGAUCCGCUUAUUCGCUGAAUAACGAUAAAGAUCGAACGAAAACUUCGAUUUUAUCAGAGCUCGAUUUCGAUCUGCGGGAUAUUUGAACGAACAUAAUUCUUCGAUCGCGAAAUACGCUUCUGUAUCGGCUGCUUUCAAUUUUGAUUUCGUAUUUACAAUUGCGCGAAGAGAAAAAAAAAUCUGAAAGCACUCGAAUAAUUCCUUUGAGUAUGCGUACGGUAAAAAAUAUUACAGACGCAUGAUUUUGAAAUCGAAGAAUUAUUUAUGCAUUAUUAUGUCUCUCUUAACAAAAAAAAAAUCAUAAUCGUUAAUAAAUACGUGGCCAUGUACAAUUGUCUCACACAUUAUAGUGACUGUUAGACGUUUGAUUUGCAUUAUGUUGACACAAUCAUUUAAUAACAAGCGAUCGACAACCCGCAGUCGUUUUCACGCGUAAAAGGAUAUUUAAACGAAGCUCUUAAAAUACGGUUUUCUUAAUACUUAGCAGACGCGUACGUUUAAUGGGUAAGAACUGUGCAUAAAAUGUACUUCAUCCUCUUUAUAAUGGGCUAUUCAUUACGAUAAUAUUGUGAAAUCUCUAACUUGACGAGUAGCUAGGGGCGCAAGGGUAGCAUGUACAUAUUACGAUAUACCUAGACAUUGUAAUAUUAUAAUUAACUUUUAUUAUCAUAGCUAUAAAAUAGCUGAAUUCAUGCAAAGAAAAUUUACAUGGUUAAAGAAAAUAAUAAAUUUCUAAAAGUAAAUAAUAUUUUAAGGUUUUACUUUUAAGCCUGAGACGAGCAAAGUGAUCUGUUCCUAAAAUGUACUAUAUAAAUAAAAGAGAGUAUGAAAGGCGCGAAGAAGAUGAAGUGAGGGUUGGAAAAAAGAUAUAUGAGGGAGUAAAUCGCAAAAUUCAAAAUUUUUUAUUAAGAGGAGUGGGAUGUGUAUGUUAUCCUUUUUGAUAAAAGAGCGAAAAUGUUUGUACAGAAAUAUUCCGGUUAUUAAAUUUUGUUAUAUGAGCGAGUAAGGGAAAGGGAGAGAAAAAGAGAGAAAGAGAGAGAGAGAGAGAAAGAGAAAGAGCAGAGCGUCGAAAAAUCCGCGGUAGUGAUAAAAAUAAAAACGCGAAGACGGUUUAAGAAUUAUGUGUAUUUUCUUCGUGAAAUUGAAAUAUUCAAAUAGAUCCUUACGAAAAUAUAAACAUGAGUAUUACAAAAAAAUGUGAAUUGUAUUCGUGAGUGUCAUAUUAAGGAAGAUAGAUCCACGGGCGAAUGUUUUAUAGCAGUUUCCAGCUGAAUUGCUCGCCUUGUCCGGUAAUUUUGGUAAAUUAAAAAUAGACUAAACAAGAACGGGUAAAUACUUCAUAACCGCGUGUAAUAAAGAAGAAAUGAAUACCCCUAAAACGAGCCACGUUGAGACACGAAAAAGAGUUACAAAUCAAUAAGAGGAAACUGCUCAUGAAACAUUGCCCAGCGAAACCAAAGUUCCUACUACGUUUUAUAAAGUAUAUAACUGAACUGCAGAACUUGAAUUGUAAAUACGAUGAAUGCAAAGUUAAGCUAAUAAUCACGAUACAAUCAAUUUAAAGAUGCUAAACUACAAUUCGCCGAUCAAUUGAUUCGACAUUACCGCUAUCGGAAAACAUCGGUUCGACUUUCGACCAUACGAAUAUCAUGCAACUCGGUAAUCUGCCUUCGAAGGCGGGAAUCAAUUGAUCUCGGCAACGAAAUAAGCACACAGUCGGCAAUUAAGCACAUAAGUAUACAAUUAAACUAAGCAGCCGUAGCUUUAGCUUGAAUGUUAGCACCUAGGCACAUGAUGUAACAUUAAAUUACGUAUUUAAAAUGAAGGACAAGAAUCUUAGCCGUUAAGCGAAUACCUGUGUAAAAUUUAGUAGGUGUCCACAAAAAUAAAAUAAAAACAUAUAUUGUGGUACAAAUAA